UAAAAACUAACUUCAUACUAGCCGCGGCAAGUACUACGAGUUUAACCUCAAAAAUUCACACUGUCCAAGUCGAUGAAAAACAUUUGAUGACAUUCCGUUCUCAUCUUACAUCUACACACUCUGGCCCCUUGUCAGCUUCCUUUUGACGACGCUUCAGUGGCGAUGGAAGUGGUGGGUGAAGAAUGAAUAUGGACAAAGGGAUCACACUGUUCAGAAACAUUCUGACUUUCGCGUUCCUUCUUUCUCUAUUUCUCCACAGAGUGGAGGGAGAGACUCUGGGGCAAACAUGGAAAGCUGAGGCGUCAAUAACUCCUAUUGCUCGAUGUCAGGAAGUCAUUGGUUAUCUUCUUCCUCGGGACUCGUCAAAUUCACUUGUCAACGCACCUUUGACUUUUCCGCUGACCACCGACUCUACGUCGACCACUCCGGCUUUCACUUUCACAAACACAAUCACAUCCUCUGCUAGUAGCACUGUGGUCCCACCACCAUCAUUCCCGAUCACGUCAACGAGGAGUGUACCGUCUUUUACGCCGACGUCGUCGUCUACGAUUACUUCGCCGGUGUCAACUUCUACGGAUUCUACGGCGCCUUCGUCGUCUGAGACUCAGUCAUCUUCAAGCAGCUCCAUGACUUCUUCGGAAACUUCAUCAUCUUCUCAGAGUACGAGCAUAUCUUCAUCUACCACUCCUCCGAGUUCCACUUCAAGUUCAUCAUCGGUUUCUCUAUCGUCUACUUCCCCUCCUGCUUCCACCUCUACAAGCCCCCCGCUAUCUUCGACUCAAUCCACGACUGUCACAAGCUCAACCACGAUUCAGAGCACUUCCGCCUUGUCACCCAGCACCUCGGCACCUUCCACUCAAUCUAUAACCGGUACGAGUUCACCCGCAACUCCCAAUCAUACGUCAUCAUCAUCAUCUUCUAAUCUCUCACCGUCCGGCACGACCUCAAGCCCAAUCUUGACUUCAUCCCCCGUAUCCUCGACGAUUUCCCAAUCUUCGAAUGGUGGAACAAGUACUAGUUCUACAUCCAGUGCAACUCAAUCGGUUUCAAUCGUUAGUGGCUCCCAAUCUAUGAGUAUAAGCGAUACCAGUUCCUCAGGCACUAUCUCUUCGUCUCAAACCUUCUCCACUACAUCCUCUCCGGUUAUCACCGGUUCCUUCUCGGCUACAAGCAGUGGGUCAUCUGCACUUGCUCAUUCUUCCGGUAUUAUCAGCGGGACGGGCACAGGCCCAGGAACGAGUGAAAAUUUGUCUACUACAGGUAGUGGGAGUAGCACUCUGAGUACUGGUUCAACCUCAAGCCGGACUUCUUCAGCACCUGCAUCGAGCUCUUCAGGUGUAAGUGGGAUCGGAUCUGGGUCCGGUGCAGGAUUGUCCAGACAUCCCAAUCACUUGUCCACAAUUUUGUCUAUUAUCCUCCCUCUCAUAUUCCUCCUCUUUCUCAUCAGCUCGUUCUAUCUUUGCCGCCGAAGGCAACUUAGGAGAGGAAUGAACGUUUUUGGACAACGACUGGAAUUAGGCGAGACACCAGCAGCGUGGUGGAGGCUUGCUGAGCCUGGAAAUAAUAUCCCGACUUCUACUAAUCGUGAACCAGGGCUUAUUAAAACGUCUAACGAGGAGAAGAGGUGGCAUCAGAACCAGAACGAGGUACCAAGUAGUUCCGAAAAGAGGUCGGUCUACGCGAUUGCAGCCUCAGUCGUAGGCCGGGUCGGGGUAACAAAUAAUUUGAGCCACAACAACAACUUGGGUGCAUUGUUUUCAGAUGACGAAAAGGAAGGUCUGAACAAUCAUUUUGAAGGAGGGAGACGUACUCGUGGUGGUCCGAUAUCUACCUUGGCUGCCUCUGUUGCAAAACGCACGCACUUGCCUUUAGACAGGCAAAACCAUCGAAGUGGAAGCGACAACCGUGAACUCGAACAUACCUUGCCACCAUCUUCAUGGUCUACGCCUAUCUCGCACUCCUCUCCUCCAUCGUCUUAUUUUACUCCUUCUCGGAAUCAUACUCCUUUUCCGUCGUUUCCCUUCACCUUUUAUCGUGUUUCCAACUCAUCGUCCAGAAAUCCCUCUAUCUCACCUGUCCAAGACGUCCCUGCAACUGCGUCUGUCACAGACACGGAUGUUAGUGACCAGAUCUCUUAUCUGGAGCCCGUCUCGCAUAAUAGGUUGAUUGAUGUUCUUGACACCGAGGUUCAAAUACCAGACCAGCGAGGAUAUAUACCCAUCGUGCGUACUGAUACUCGUGACACGACGGGUAGCAGCACUUAUAGCGCCAGUGGGAUGGAGUAUAUCCCCUUCAUGCGUCGCGAUACAGAAACGGACUCGUAUGUUCAAACUGCACCUAUAACACCCUCCACCAGGUCUCUCAAUUUGACACGGACCCACACAUCUCAAUCUAGCAAGUCAAAUAUUGUCGAUUCACAACCUUCUUCACCUUAUGAAAACGCGUCUGGAAUAUUUCGCGCUUCGCAAGACUCGCUGCAUUCACGGGACACGCAUGAUACUCGGAACACAAGUAAUACAUAUGCCACACAGAGUACCGUGGAUACGACGAGCUCAUUGACGUUUGCGCAGCCCAAGGUUAUACGUAUGCUGGCUUCGCACGGUAAUGAAACAACAUUAAAGGAUGAAACAAGGGAAAUUCCUCUGAUUACAUCGACAUUCCAUUACUCCCCUGAUCCCGAAGACGAAAGGGAUAACGCCGUGGGGCCGAGACCAAGUUCAAAUGGGGUCUCAGCACCAUCAUCAUCAUCAAAAAAUCCUUUCAAUCCCUCCCAUCCACUUUUCCAGCCCGGACCUCCAAAUUUUGCGGAUCAAGGUAACUUAGAGGGAGAUUCGUUCCUUAGGACUUUGGAAUGGAGACGAAGAGCAGUGGCGUAUGCAGAUGGUACGGGUCAGAGACCUUCAUUGAUGGAAGCGGUCGAGGUGUAUUUCUCCUCUAACUCGAUUACUACAGACUCGAGCCCGGGUUCCCUGUGAAUUUGGUAUGGCACCGGGUGUAAGUUUUCUAAUAGGAAUGAAAGGCCCGAAGUGGUAUGUUCGUCUUCUGUGAUGUCUGUACCUGUCUGGACUCGCUUAGUAUAUAGUAACAUACCAGAACAUACCGUAUAAUCAUUGGCUG